GCGUUGGCUGCGUUCUGAAUUUGGUGAGGGGCGUAAAACGUAAAUAGGCUACGCAAACAAACGCGCGAACGCGCGAGCGGACAUUCGGCUGUUGGGGCGACAUUGGUCUGCGUGUGAUUCAAAUUAAUAUUGUUUUGCUCUCUUUUUAGUGGUUGUGAUUUAGUCAGUUUUGUGGCAACAGACAAGUUAGACGAAAUGUCGGACAAGGAGGUUUAUAACUUUAUUCCCACGCGAACGGGCACCACAUCUCAAAGGCUGGCGAUGAGAAAGACUACUGUACGUCCUUUCAGACUUUCUUUGCCAAUGCCAAGAAACACUGAAGAUGCAGAGCCACCACCAGGUACGCUGCACAGGGCCAACAGAUCCACAUCAAAGAGGUCCCUGACGUUUGCCAGCUCGAGAAAAGCGAGCCCAGUCUCUUCGCCUGCCGACGCCUCUCAAAUGGGUUUGCGUCCCGCUGUCAGCAGUCGAGAUGAUGAAGCGUCUCCCGAGGAGCUCGCAGCCGCAGCUGCUUCAGCCGCCGGCUCUCAUCACACCGCAUCGCUCGAGAAAAGUCCAUCUUCGGCGGCUUCCAAAAUUCCCAAGAUCCGCUCGCCUCGUAGCCGAGCGAGUCGUUCCGACGGUGGUACCGAUCCAAAGGGGUCCUGGGAAGGGAGUCGGCCAUCAAAGAGGAGGCAGCUCACGUUAGAGUUGCCCUCGCCCAUAUCUCCACCCGCGGGCAAGUCAGGUCCCGCUGCCGCGAGGCAGGCGGCGCUCAUGUCAAGCACUCCCCUACCAGGCACCGUUCCUGGCAUUUCAAGAGGGGCCACACUUCGGUCUCCCCGCAAGGUCUUUUUCCGGGAAGAAGACGUUUUCUCGGAAAACAACGUCUUCCCGUUGUUUUCUGCGUUUGUUCCCAUGAGGCACCGUAGAGACUUGCAGGCAGGGUCGUCCCGGAGUCAUGGAUCCCACUCCCCGGCUCUGAGAGAAGACCAGCCCGAGGAGCCCAUUCCGGCCGGAGGGGAAGCUGACCAGGGAAAUGGGGCUGCGGGUGCUGUCGAGAAAGAUUCAGCAGCUGAGAGCGAAUCCCAGGAAGGCGAAGCCAGGACGGACGUCGUCAUUAACGACUCGGGUCUUGGCCUGGGCCUCACAAUCCUGCGGGACACCUUUGCCGACAAAAUUGCACAGGCAAAAUCUGAAGCCGCAAAGGAAGUCCUGCGCAGCUUCCAGGCCCGUGCAGAAGGCGACAUAAUCAAAUACCUCGAUGACAUUCGGGGAUAUCGUGCGGCCGUAGUAGAGAUACACAAGGAAAAGCGAAAGUUGGUGAGACUCCGCAAAGCUCGCAAGGCUAUUGAAGACGACAUUGCUGAUUACGUAGCAGAGCACAACCUCGAUGUUGAUCCCUACAGCUUGGGGCUUGGCGAACUCUAGAGGUCUAGUCUCUGCAGACAUCUGCCAUUAAUAUUCCUUUUUUUUUAUUAUUUAUUUUGACGCCUUAAUAAAGACUUGUCAGUUA